AAUUAUUUAUCUUUUGGGUUAACCCAAAACAAAAUUCGUGGCCAAAAUCCAUUGUUCAUUGAGCAUUUCGGUUAACUAUUUUUGCUCACAAUUUUAUCAACUAUUUGAUAACAAAUGAUUUGUCUUAUCUGCUCUUAAUACUGAAACAUUUCGAUUAAUAAAACAGUAUCGUAAGGGAUUUCAUUCAAAAGGUUGUAAAAUAUGAAAUGCCACAUCGCUUUCAUUGUUCUUGGUCUAACGUAUUGUGCCGUGGUUUCUGCAUCUGUAGCGAGAGUGGAUGAAAAUAUCUGGAAGAACUUGGAACAGGCUACAACUACCAAUGUUAAAAUCACAUUCAAGAAAGCAAAUACCAAGGCCGCCUUUGAACGCUUCAAUUCAUUGAAACUGACCAGCCGAAAUGCUAAAUUAAACAGCCAAUAUGCCAUCCUAAAGGACCAUACGGAUGUUGUUCAAGCAGAUGUUAUAUUUGAUUUAAAAAAGGCAUCAGCGCACGGUAAGAAACACGAGAUUGCUCAACUAUGGAUCAGCAGUGAACUUAUUGUUCGCAAUGUCGACAAGGAAGUAGUUGAAAUGUUAAGCGUCCAUCCAGAUGUUGCUUCAUUGGAAUCUGAAUGGAUCAUUCAGCUGGAUAAUGGGAUGGUAAGGACAUCUAUUCCAUCAGGCAAUAAUACAAUUUCAAACUAUCAAUGGGGUGUUGUCAAUGUCGGCGCACCAGAAGUAUGGAAUGCUGGUAACAGAGGAACAGGAGCUGUUGUUGGAGUUAUUGACACUGGUGCACGUGCUACACACGUUGCUUUGCGAUACACCUACCGUGGAAACCAGCCUGGACAGAACCACAACUAUAACUGGUAUGCUCCUACUGGUCACGAUGCUGCACCCAAUGAUAACCAAGGGCACGGGACUCAUGUAAUUGGUUCUGCAGCCGGUACCGAAGGAAUUGGUGUUGCUCCAGGAUCUUCCUGGAUUGCUUGCAGAGGCUGUAUUUCUCAAGGUUGCACUAACUUUGAUCUUCUUCAAUGUGGUAACUGGAUGGCUUGCCCAACAAAUACAGUUGGUGCUGCACCUGAUUGUUCCAAAGCUCCAAACGUUGUAAAUAACAGUUGGGGUGGUGGUAGUAACAAUCCGUGGUAUGAUGCAAUCAUAUCGGCUUGGAGAAACGUUGACAUCGUUCCGAUCUUCUCAUCUGGAAAUGCUGGAUUCACCUGUGAGACCCUUAUCUCGCCUGGAGAUCGUCCUCUGGCAAUCUCCAUUGGAGCUACGUUAGCUAACAAUCAACGAUCGGGUCUGUCUAGCAUGGGACCAACCGUUGAUGGCAGAAUAAAUCCAUUUAUUGUUGCACCUGGUAAUGAAAUAUACUCAGCAUCUCACAUGGACGAUACCAGCUUCAUUUCUUUAUCUGGAACCAGUAUGGCUGCUCCGCAUGUAGCAGGAGUCGUUUCAUUGCUCUUUUCUCGCAACCCAAAUCUAAAUGUUGCCCAAGUUACAGCAGCACUACGAGCUGGAGCUAUUCCACAUGCCGCAGUCGGAGGUAGCUGCGGUGGAAUCCCUGAUAACAUUUAUCCAAAUAAUCACGUUGGUUACGGGCGUAUCUCGGCUCCAGCUGCCAUCAAUUCGAUUCCGCAGUCAUUCUAAGUAUUGAUUGUUGUAUGGACGUGUUAUUUUUGGUUUUUAUAGAAAAUAUGACUGUCAUUAA